AUGGUUAUUCGCAACAUAACAUUUGUUGACAGGGUGGAGCUUCCGGGAGUAACUACCACAACCUCCGCUAAUUUGUGCUUGUACGAUGUCGACGAUGAUGGGGAUACUGAAUUAGUACUUGGUCAUUGGGACUUUGGCGAUCUGGAUCCCAUUUCAGAUUCUGUCUCUCCUAAUGGUUCACUCCUUAUACUAAAAUAUGGGAAAGUCUGGAAAGUUUAUCGCGACCUUCACAUGGUUACUUGCGUUACGGCUGGAAGGCUAUGCUCUAAGGAGAAGCCAUCCGUCGUUGCACUCUGUGCUGAUUCGCAAUGCUAUAUUUUUGAUGCUGUGUUGAAGACCGGAAGCUCUGCUACAAGUCUCUUUCUUGUUUGUAACCAACAGUUGGCUUGUAAUGCAAAAGAUGCUCGCAUAUUAGAGGGAGAUGGUCCCUGUGAUAUGGCAGUGGCGUAUUCCGAUAGAAUCGUGCGACUCUUUCGAUGGGUACCUGGAAAAGCUUCCGAAAAAGGAAGUGGGAAGCUUCUCUUGCUGAUAAAAUGGGAACUAGCUGGUCAAAUACUUGCUUCACAGCCUGGUGGUGGAUUCGCUUUUCUUCAAAAAAAAUUUGAAAGACCGAAUGUGGUAAGUUCUCAUCUCAAGGACCGCAAAGAUAGUCCCACUCUCAUCUAUCAUCCGGCAAAACUUACUUCCAAUCAGAACUCGGAGAUGCGCACAUGGAUUGUCGGUGGUCUGAAAUCUAAUUUGUCGGGGAUAGCCGAUUGUUUAAUCGGUCUCUGCCUCGCCGAUGGAACUAUCAGUUUGCUUUCCGCAGAUCUGCAAAAAAGUGAAGUUAUCUGGUCUGUAUCCCUACCAGUAAAUGGUGAAUUAUUUGGUUUAUCCAAAUUUGAUCUAACGAAUGAUGGGUUCGAUGAACUUGCCGUUUGUUGUUGGGAUGGAUCGACAUAUGUGUUUAAUCAUCAAAAGGAUAUUCUUCAUUUCCCUGUGGGGCAGGCUUGCCAGGCCUUCAUGGCUGGUCGGUUGGCAAUGUCGCCGGGUAGAAAUGAGCCCGUUUUGAUCUAUGCUACCUGCGAGCAAUCCAUGCUCAUCUACCACAAUUUCGAUUUGCAGUCGAUUCCGUCUUUCUCUUUACUUCACGCGGUCGUCACUCAACCAGGUAUGGUCGAAGGUCUGCAGCGACUUUGUGGUCAUUCUACAGAAGCAGGGACGAUACGCAAAUCAAUUCAAUACCUUCUCUACGAACUGCCCCGGCGGUCAGGCAGCCUUGAUCGUUCUUGA